UCUCAUAUAUAUAACCCCUCUCUAUGCUUUUACCCUUCUUUAUCCAUCUAUUAUGCGAACCAGAACAGGUUUGUGUUAUCCUCAAACACUUCAACUAUCAAACAUGUUUUCAGACACAAACAAUAACAAAAGACACAAGAGAAUGCCACAAAACACUUCUGAUUUCUUUGAACUUUUGCCUGAUGACAUAGUUCUCUCUAUACUUGGAAAACUUAGCUCCACCGCUACUUCUCCUUCAGAUUUCAUCAGUGUUCUAAUCACAUGCAAAAGACUAAACGGUUUAAGUCUUAACUCUGUUGUUUUGUCCAAAGCUUCGAACAAAACAUUAUCAGUCAAAGCUAAAAACUGGUGUGACUCUGCUCACCGUUUUCUCAAACGCUGUGUUGAUGCUGGAAACAUUGAAGCCUGUUACACUCUUGGAAUGAUUCGGUUUUACUGUUUGCAAAACAGAGGAAGCGGCGCGUCGUUGAUGGCAAAAGCAGCUAUGAAAUCUCACGCACCGUCUUUGUAUUCAUUGGCAGUGAUUCAGUUCAAUGGAAGCGGAGGAACAAAAAACGACAAAGAUUUACGCGCCGGUGUUGCUUUAUGUGCACGCGCUGCAUUUCUCGGUCACAUCGACGGUUUACGUGAGCUUGGUCAUUGUUUACAAGACGGUUACGGUGUUAAACAGAACGUUAUUGAAGGUCGACGGUUUCUAGUCCAAGCAAACGCACGUGAACUCGCUGCCGUUUUAUCUAACGGCAAUAACAACAAACAACCGUUGCUGACGUGGAGUGUUAACCCGGGUUCAAGCCAACCUCCACAGCUUCGUGUUUUAGCUGGUGCUGGUUCUGUUUCUGGUUCGGGUUGUCCUUUGCUGAGUGAUUUUGGUUGUAACGUUCCGGUUCAGGAGACUCACCCAGCGAACCGGUUUAUGACAGAGUGGUUCGAUAUUCGAGGUGGGUUUCCUGGACCGGGUAUGAGGUUAUGUUCGAAUUCUGGUUGUGGAAGACCUGAGACAAGAAAGCAUGAGUUUCGAAGAUGUUCGGUUUGCGGUGUUGUGAAUUAUUGUUCACGCGCUUGUCAAGCGCUUGAUUGGAAGUUUCGACAUAAGGCGGAGUGUGCACCGGUGGAGAGGUGGUUAGAGGAGGAGGAACAUAUUGCCGGGGAAGGUGACGGUGGCGUUAACGUUGAUGAGGUGGUUGUGCUUGAUAGUUGAUAGGUUUAGAUUGUUUAUCCAAACGUUAACGAUGACAGUAACGGAAGAUUGUUUUGGAACUGUAUUUUUUGGCAUUGGAUACUGAAACAUGGAAAAAGUUAAAAUAUUAAUUGUCUCAUUUAUUACUGUGGCGUUGCAUAAUGCAAAGUCCAAUGGUAGUUUGGUCUCCUCUGUUCCUUUA